AUGGCUCCCAAAGUAAUUAGUGUUGCUUGGGAUCACUUUACGGACAAAGGCCAACAAAUGGCCGAGUGUAAUAUAUGUAAAAUACAGUUGAGUUUUAAAAGUUCUGUAUCAAACCUUACAAAGCACCUUAAACGUAAACAUCCAUUAGUAAGUUUAGUUAGAAGGAACGAUGUUCCAGCUCCAGUGAUAGCAGCUCAGACCAACCAGCAAUCGUCAACCUCAAACCAACCUGCUGGAAUAGUUCAACAACCUGAAGGUGAACAACGUCCAUCCACUAACUUGGUACGAUUAGUACAACCAGGUUCGAGAACUAUAGCUUCAUACAUAUAUAAAAAAAAUGCUGAUAAAUGUAAAUCUGAUAUAGAUAAGUUAUUAAUGGAUUUAUUUAUUAUGGACUUUCAACCAUUCCGUAUUGUAGAAGAUAGAGGUUUUAGACAAUUAAUUCAGUCUGCUUUUCCUUUUUAUGUUAUUCCGAAUCGUAAGUACUUUGCAAACAAUUUAUUACCAAGUCGCUACGAAAGUUUGCGAACUUCAAAAAUGACGGAAGUCGCAAAUGAUGUUGAAUCGAUUUCCAUCACAGCGGAUAUAUGGACAUCAAGUACUAACGACUCGUACAUGGGUAUUACUGGUCAUUAUAUCAAUAAAAAUGACUGCACUUUAAAAUCUAUCUUGUUAGAUUGUGUACUUUUAGAGGGAUCACAUACCAGUGCCAAUUUAGCUAUGGAACUGUCACGAAUAACAGAGGAAUGGAAAGUGUCAGGAAAAAUUUUGUUAGCAGUGUCAGAUAACGGCGCCAAUAUUAAAAAAGCCAUCAUAGAUUUAGGCUGGAAGCAUUUUGGUUGCUAUGCACACACGCUAAAUUUAGCUGUCCAAGAAGCAUUAUGUGCGACACAAGAAUUAGUUGAUUUAAUUAAUAAGGUGAAAACUACUGUUGCUUACUUUAAAAGAUCCGCUGAAGCCUGGGAAAAAUUAAAAAAAUACCAGGAACAGGCUGGAAAAUCUCCUAAAAGACCUCUACAAUGUGUAAGCACGCGGUGGAAUUCUACAUUCUACAUGUUGCAGAGAUUUGUAGAAUUAAAAGAAGAGGUUAAUAGUGCGCUCUCUAACUUAAACGCCAUUAGCAUGUCCUUAACUGCAGUUGAAUGGAAACUUUGUGAACACAUUUGCAACAUUUUAAAACCAUGUGAAGAAGUUACAAAGGAAGUAAGUGCUCAAAAAUAUGUAACAGGAAGUUUAGUGAUACCUAUAACGACAGGGUUAAUUAAAUCUUUAGAAAAUAUUAAUAGUAAUACAUACCUCGACACCGCCCAAAAAUUACAACAAGACUUGCUGGCCGCUAUAAAAAAUAGAUUUAUACAUUUAGACAAAAGCGGCACAUUUACUACGUGUAUGUUCCUGGAUCCCAGAUUCAAAUUGUAUUUUGAAGAUCAGUAUGUAGCUGACACUACAAAACAAAGAAUCAUAGAAAUUAUUACAACAAUUAUAAAUAAAGAGGAUCGCAAUAAUCCCCAAAUUCAACACGAAGAGCAGCAGCUAUCAGAUCAAGCAGAAAAUCCUCCACCUCAGCUUCAAAUUAAUUUAGUAUGGCAGCAUUAUGCCGAAAAAAUGAAAAAUAUACAACCCAAGGGCACGGCAACUUGUCGAGCGAUUUUGGAAGGGCAAAGAUAUUUGGACGAUAAAGUUGUGUUGCCGUGUGACAAUAUAUCAUCACUAGAGUGGUGGAAAAAGCGAAAGGAUGUAUACCCGCAUUUGUAUGCCCUAGCACUCAAAAAGUUAAAUGCAAUGGCCACGAGUGUCCCCUGUGAAAGAUUAUUUUCCUCCUGUGGAUUGUUACUUAAUGACAGGAGAACGAGGCUAGGGACUCGAAAAGUUCAACAAUUAAUGUUUUUAAAUCAAAAUUCAUGA